AUGCAAGAAUUUCAACAGAAUUUCGAUGAUCAAGAAAAAGAUCACAACGAGGACGAAACGAUCAUUGUCGUCGAUAUUGUUCCAACACAAUUUCAACUUCGUUCGUCUGAUAGUCCACCUCAUAGUCCAUCACACAGUUCACGUCAUACCCCAUCACCAGGAAGUCUAUCAAAAACACCAGAAAAAGACGAUCAUCAAUUAACUCAACAACCAUUAUCUUCUAUGGACCCCAAUAUUCGAAGAUAUAGAACGGCUUUCACUAGAGAACAAUUGUCCCGACUAGAAAAAGAAUUUCAUCGUGAGAACUACGUUAGCAGACCACGAAGAUGUGAACUUGCUUCCCAAUUACAUUUACCAGAAUCAACAAUUAAGGUAUGGUUCCAAAAUCGUCGAAUGAAAGACAAACGUCAACGUAUGGCGAUGGCAUGGCCAUACGCUAUGUAUGAUCCAACGUUAGCUGCCAGCUUGUUCGCAGCAGCCACGGGAUCGUUACCACCGACAUAUCAUGGAACGACGCACUUAGCGUCAUCAUAUCCAGCUGCUGCGGCAGCAGCAUACUAUGCAGCAACUCGAUAUUCUCCCUAUCCAAGUACAGUUUGUCCCACCACCUCAGCAUCCUCCCUCCACAGGCCACAACCGCGGACUGCGGCAACCUAUCCUACGACUCACUCCCAUUUAAUACACCAUACACUCCUACCUCCCCUCCAUUUAACCGGAUUGGGCGUUCCAAGUGUUGGCAGUACCGCCUUUCAAAUCAACGGAGCUACGACUGCUAACGAAACAGCUACUUAUAGGCCACCGUUAUUAAGUCCAGUAGCAACACUCACAGAAGGAAGCAUUUUAAGGACAACGCCAACGUCAAAUUCAGCUACGGAACUAACCAACGGUUUGACAGGUAGCUCUUAUAGAAAUCCGAUACUUUCCAAACUUAAUCAAGAUUCUGAAACAUCCAGUGAUUGCGAUUAUACAGAAAAAAAUGACUCGCAGAAUGAACCAUAUUGGAUUAUGCUGAUAAUUUUUGGUUACAUCUGA